CAGUAGAAAAGCAAGACAAAUCCAAACAUAAAUUAGCGAAUAAAAACAAAACUCCGGAUCAGGAUGGACAAACUAACUACAAUUAGUGCAACGCUUUUCAUGGCGGCCGAUGUGUUUGCGAUUGUGAGUCUGGCGCUGCCGGACUGGAUCAUCACGGAGUCCGGAACGGGUGACAUCCGAUUGGGACUGAUGUGGACCUGCAUGACGCUAUAUAACCGACCCCAGGUGUGCUAUACUCCCGAACUGCAACCGGAAUGGCUCAUUGCACUAAUCUGCAUCUUUGUGGGCUGCAUUUGCGUGACCACCACCGUGAUCCUGCUGGCAUCGUCCUCCUGCAACCGGAAUGUGAUUCCCUACGCCCGCUGGGUGGGAUUCACGGCCAUGGUGCUGUUCUGCAUGGCUGCCGUGGUCUUCCCGCUGGGAUUCCACGUAGAGGAGAUCGGCGGACAGGCCUACCAGUUGCCCAACACAUUCAAGAUUGGCAUUUCCUAUAUCAUGUUCGUCCUAGCCCUGUGGAUCACCGUCGUUUCCGAGCUCUUCGCCGGCAAGGUCUGCCUGCCGCACUUCUAGAGACGUGGCCAUGGGAUUGUUAGAUUCCUGAUUUCAUUUGCAGUUGGCUCUGUGAUUUGUUAUACCUUUUGUUUUUCCUUUAUUGUUUUAGCUCUCAGUUGGUAGGGUGAAAUUACAACUCUGUAUCUUAGUUAACAUAUUUAAUUUAGCUAAAAUAAGCUAGAAACUCGAAUCCGAACUAUACGAAUCUCCCAAGCCCUUAUCCUAGUGAACUUCUAACAUUUUUUUACUGUUAAACCUGAUUUUAUCCUAAGAGAGAGAUAAUCUUUAGUUAAUAAAUGCUUAGUAAUCCAGACUAGAUCAUAUAUAAGAAAUAAGGGUAGCUUUAAGAUCAUUUAGUUAGUAAUAUUUUGUUAUUCGAAUACACAUUUUGUAUUUCAACUGAAAAAACAUGUAUUUUUGUGUGCUCAAUAGCUUAAGACACAUACGGUAUUCCUGUCCUCAAGUCUGAAUUUUAAAUUGAUAUUCCCUUAGAUUCUUCCAAAAU